GUCGAUAUUAUUACAUCUGUACGCGUGUGUGCGAAAUGUAUUGUUACUGACAUAUAUAUAUUUUUUCAUAUCCAUAUGUUGGUAAGCUAGAAAAUAAUGUAUGACACGAGGAAUGCCAAACGAAUGACAGUAGGACUAACGAAGGUUAUGUUAUUACAUAGUUUUCAUCUUAUUCAUUUAUUUCUUGAGUCUGUACUCGUAAUGUAGAAUUUUUUUCAACAUAGAGAUAUAAGAAUUUUGCAAAAAGUGGGACAAGAUGGAGACAAGGCCUUUUUUUCUGGAUGGCUCAUGAAAUCAAAGUUGCCAUAUUUGGCAUUUUACACAUCGUACGAUCUUUACACAUUUGAGCAUUCACACUAUAACCUUACAAGGAAAAUAUUGUGUUAUUUAUUGAUAUUCCUGUGCUUAUAUAUAUUAUAUAUAUACAUAUAUAUCUGUGUGUGUGCGUGUGUAUAUAUAUACACAUAUCUAUAUAUAUGUGUGUAUAUAUAAUAUACACAUUUAUAUAUAUAUAUGAAAAGUGAUGUGAUAUGUCUCUCUUUUAACUUAUACAAUUUCGUAUUAAUAUUUUCAUUAAAAGAGAUAUUCAUGUACAUAUAUUUCUACUACUUUUGUUUACAUCUAUAAUUUAGUAAAAUAAAUGUGUAGAAAAGGGAUAUUGAAGAAGUUAUUUAAAUUGAAGAAACAGCGUAAAAAGAAAAUGAAGAUGAAACGAAGUAAAUCAUUAUCACCAGAACCCUCUAGUAGUGGAGAAUCGAAAAGAAUAAAAUACGAAGAGUCACAUCCACAUUUGCUUGAUUUUUGUGAUGAUAUUCUGUUGAAUAUAUUGAAAUAUUUAAACCCUCAAGAUCUUAUGGCAUUGAGCUUAUGUAGUCAACGUUUGGCACAAGUUACACGAGAUAGAACCUUAUGGAGAAAAGUGGAUUUUCGUACAAUUCCUAUGCCUCUGAAUGAUCUAGAAAAAUAUACAAAAUUCUUUCAACCAAUGACAACUAAUGUAGCGAUGCGUGGUGAUUUACAUUCCAACAAGUGUUUAGGACUGACACCAAAAUUUUUUGAUACCAUAAACACACAUUGUGGUCAGCUAAAGGAGUUAGUUAUAGAAGAUUAUUAUAUAGAUGGUGAUGAGGUUGAGAUAACUGAUUUUCCAAGAACAAUUGAGAAACUUUCAUUGAAAGGAUGUGAGAUGGGUCAUUUGCAAAGCAAUAAGUCAUACUUCUUUAAAAUUGACCUUCAUAUGCCUAAUUUAACAUGUUUAAUUUUAAGUAAUUGUCAAUGGUUCAUGCCACAUUCUCUAUUAGUAAUUAGUAAAAUAUCAAAACUUAAAGAACUCAGAUUGAAUUCUUGUCAUCGUUUGGGUGAAUGCGUGGCUUAUGCCAGUUUGGCAACCAGAUUUGGAUUUAAAACAUUAGAGACUUUAGAUUUACGAGAUACUGCGCUUGGAGAUAGUGAAGUUAGUUGCUUUAGUAGUACUAAAACUCUAACGCAUUUAUAUUUGGAAUGUCCAGCAGUUUUAAGAAACACUGAUGCAGGAAAUUUUCGGCGACCUGUAUUUGAAGAUGGAAAUAUUGUUCAAUUUUUAGUCGAAGGUAAUUGGGAAAAUUAUGGAUUUCAAAGACGUUUAAUCUCAGAUAGAGCAAUUCGUGCCAUAGGGAGUAUUGCUAGAAGAGUAAUUCAUACUUCUCCGCAUGGGAUUAUAUUUCUAGAAGAAGAAAAUCAAAUAUUUAAUAAUCCUCUUCUUAAAACAUUAGUCGUUAGGAAUUAUCCACGGGUUACAAAUUCUAGUCUUGUUUAUUUGGCAGAACAUGUAUUAAGUUUAGAGCAUCUUGAUGUGACUGGUACAUCUGUUACAAGAGAAGGUGUUCAAAAAUUCAAAUCAAAGAGACCUAAUGUAAAGAUUGUUUCUUCAUUCGAGGAUACGUAGUUACUCUUCAUAUGUUUAAGCAUUUGUUGUGUAUGAGUGUUUGAUGUUUUGUAUCAUUAUUAUAGCUUCAAGCGUUUAAUUUUCUGUCUACAAAAAAGGAUGAUACUGCAAAACUGGUUGGUAAUGUAUUUACAGAAUCGAGAAUACUUUCCUAAUUAUGUAAAUAUAUUUUCUCUUACAGCUAAAGAAAUGUAUUUGAAUCUUAUAAGAGUACAUAUAAUAAUUUUAAGUAGGCGAUAUUAAAAA